GGAAAGAGCUACUGUUCCCCCGAAAUAAUCAUCCGUUUGAAAAUCUUUAUUAGUGUUUAAAUUUUUUUUUUACAUAAUGUAACUUUAACUUUGACAUUAUGGUAAUAAAAAGCUAAUUACGCAAACAGAACACCUGUCAACUUUUGAUGAAGUUGGGACGAUAUACCGGAAAUAGAGUUCUGCACCUGCGCACAACGCCAUAUUUGUUGAGAUUUGGAGGAGAGGAAAAUAUCGCGUUCAGGUGAUACAAGACCUGCAUAUUGCACACAAUGUUUUCGUUCUAUUACAGCCGAUCAUAAAGAUAUCAUGGAUAUGAGAGAUACGCACAGAUCCAUUAGCAAGUCAGAGUGUGUGCUGUUUACAUCAGUGUGUUUAUAACAUGGCUCAGAAAAUGCCAGAGUUGCAACUUCUUAUUGAACUGAGGAACAAGUUUCCAGAGAUCUCCCAGGCCACUCUUGUGAAGUAUAUGAAAAUGUUUAACAAUGACUCGGAGAAGUGUAUUCAAGCUUUAGAGCAGGAGAGUCAGAGAUCUCUGUAUGGAUCCUCACAGCUGACAGACCAAAAUAGCCAUCCAGCUAGCUAUGACUAUGGUGGAAAUCUUAGUACGUACAUGGAUGGCAUUUCUUCAAACAAUAACAACAGUUUUAGUAGUUCAGUGACAGGUACAGUAGGUGCCCCACCACCACCAAGGUACCAAGAACUGCCUGUACGUCAUGAAACUAAACAUGUGAGUACUGUGCAAAGAACCUUUGGGCCUGCACCUUCUGUGCCUCCCAGAACAGAGAGCACUUUUACAAACCCUACUGCUCCUGGAUGGCAAGGCCGGACUGAGCAUCAGCCUUUGCUGCUCAUUCAUCCUGCAAACCAGGCAGGGAUGCCACCUCAAAGUAAUGCAGACUUUUCGCAGUUCUUAGAGUCCAGUUCACGCUCUCGAGAUAUUCCUAACAUUGGCUGUGUAGGACCUAGUUCUUUCAGUGUAGGAAGUCCAACAGAGUCUAGACGCCCUGUGAAAGUAAUAAAUGUGCAGGGCAAAGCCACAUUUUCAGGUGGGACAGUCACAACUGGUCCUAACAUAUCCCCUAAUAUGACGUCCUCCCACAUCAUGGUUGUAAGAGGGGAUGGGGGAGGCAUGUGUUCACAUCCUGUUUCAGGUUCCACCGCCAGUCCAGCUACCACUAGCUUUAUAGGGUCACCUUACAUUUCACCUUCUUCAGAGCCAGAGCGGCCGACAAUUCACUCCUCCAGCAUUUACAUAGACUCAAACCCACGGCAGUCAGGAGUACAGGAGUCCAGAAGCAACCUUCCAGCUGCUAGCAUGCCAGUUCAUCACCAGUCUGCUGGUCAGCUGCAGAUGGCAGAUCAAGGCCACUCCUCUUUGUCUGUGGGAAGAACAUUUCCUCCUCUCAAUAUUUCCCAUGGCUUACAUAAUAACCCUUUAUCUACACCUCAGGACAGAGGAAAUGUAGUUUCGUACCUUGGAAUCUAUGGAGGUAGCCCUGGUGUGGCUGGAAAUCGAUUUUGUAGUGAUGCUGCAGCUGCAAGUGCACCACAGAAUGUCUACUCUGUUUCUUUGGUGACCCACAACAUGAACCAGAUCAGUAUCUCUCCAAAUCAUUUAGGACAGGGGACUGUGGGUCCAAGCAGUCAUACUCCUCCUUCACCGUUGGUGAUCAGCUCGGCUACCCCUCCUUUUGGUGGCAUGCCAACUCCUAGAAUGCCACGCUCACCUAGCUUGCAGCAUCAGCGCAGCACGGGAAGCUCCACCAGCCGAUCCAACAGCGUGGAGAGUGAACAUGGCAGCAUCCACCACCUGCCUGACUACGAGUUCCAGACAUCUCAAGCACCAAUGCCUUCACUUUCGCAUCAUCCUCGCAGUGUGGUUGGAAUGGGGGUGAUGAUGCCAGUGCUUUCACCUGCCUCUAGCCAGAGUAGUCUCAGCUCCGAGUCCUCAGCCAGAGACCGUGAUCACAACAGCAUACCCCGACAGCGGUCCGGGAGCAUGCAGGAGGAAGCAGCAUACUCUCAAGCACUGCUUGUUCACCAGCACCAGAGAAUGGAGAAACUGAAAGAGGAAACAGAAGAAAAGCGAAUAAUACUGCAGAGUCUUCGGAAUGAGGUGUCCAAAAUGGAGAAGUCAAAGAUUGAAAAAAGUAGCGCUCGUACCACAUUUCCUACGGCUGAUGACAUUGCAGGGUUGUGUGAGAGUAACAGGCGACUGCAAACAGACAUUCAAAUGUAUUUAAAUGAAAUCGACAUGUACAAGAAUGGACAGGUUCCUUUUACCAACAUUGACCCAAUGGAACAGCAGAACUUCUUCAACAAUAUGCCUACUGGUCCCAAUGACCUCACCUACACGCGACCACCUAUCCGCAACCGAACACCCCCUCCUCCAUUGCCACCUCCACGUGCCCCUCCUAUUCGUCAGUUGACUCGGCCUCCUCCACCAGUUCUAAACCGUAUCAACUCUGAAGAUCUUAGCCAAGUUGUGCCUGUGCCUUCCCCGGAUCAGUCUCCAGCAGCAGGGUCUGGAGAUUCAGAAGAGGGAGAUAGCUGGAACUGCUCAGCUUGCACCUUCCGCAAUCACCCAGCAUUGAAGAAGUGUGAGAUGUGCGAGAUGCCACGAAUGAUGCCAGGAUCAUGAGAGUUUGCUGGGGUUGGUUUUGGCAGUGUGCUGCCAUGGUUUACACCCCAGGAUUAAUUGUCGCCAUCUUCAUUUGAUGCCAGUUGCUGUUGGUCCCUUGCCCCGCCAUCACUUCAUCGUCUUUCAUCCACCAUCAGUGGAGACACUUGUGCAUGAACAAUUUCCAUUGGUGUUGCUUUUUGUUUUCCAGUAGAAUAGAUAUGCUGAAUGGGUUUAUCCCUUUGUUCGCUGAAUGCUGUAAUCAUCUCACAAAAUAAUCUAUUUUUGCAUCAGUGCAGGAAGUGCACUUGUGAAUUUGGGAAUAUGCACCAUCAGAUGCAUUUUUUUGUUUACAAUGUGUGCCUGACGUGCAAAUGUACCCUUGUAUGAAAACUAGAGUGUUUGGGUCAGAGGGAUAGGAUGCACAUAUGUGCAUAUGCAAUAUUAACAAGAAAAUGCUUUUAUGAAUUACUGCACUAGCAGCUGUAUACAAUUUGGUAAUUUGUGUGUGUGUGUGUGAGUGGGGGGGAUAUGUUUUAUUGCUAUAAUUGCAGAAAGUUAAACCAUGUCACGAGAAAUUGGGCCUGCAGUGCAUCUUGGAUUUUUAUUUGAUGAACUGAACAUGUAACAAUUUGCAUAAUCCCUUACUUUCUGGACUGUAAUGGAGGUACAUUGAUGAAUGUGGAAAAACUUAACAGUUAAAUAGAUGGUCAUUUUUACAUUUGUAUUACAAGCUUUGGAGGAAACUGAAGGCGUGUCCAGCUCUAAGCAAGCUAGUAAAGAUUAUAGCAUCCCACUUUUGACAGGAGUGCUCAUUCACUCCAGCCCUUCCUUUUGAAGAAAUGGGUUCCUUCUCCUGUCUUUAGUUACUUUUUCUUCCUUUGCCUGCUCACUUCCUCAAGACCCUGCUAAUAAGGAGCUAGUGUCAUGGCCUAGUCUGCAUGUGCCUAGACCUAGAACUAAAUAACAGUUCAUUGGGGUCUGGAGUGUGCUACUAUAAGGCUGUUUUAAAAGAUAUAUCAAGUGAAAUAGCAACAUAAUACAGAUAACCAUUACAACUCAAAUUUUGAAGUUGCAAACAAUUGUUUUCUUACAAUCUCUUGUAAAACAGCUCUGGGACAGUACAAGGAGACUGUCAUGUUUUGUUUAAUGGCGGUAUUUAUCCAAUCUGGCAAUAGAGUAGAAUUGUCAAAUGGUAACAUUAUGAAUCCUCCAUAUAAUUUGGAACCCAACCAAUGUGGGGAUUUGCUGAGUGAAGUGGAGAAGACUUGCACGACAAAGGGUGUCUUUUUUGUUAUAUAGUACCUCCUCCUACAGCAUUGUUUUUCUCCCAGAAAUGAGUAUGGUGGCUUGGUUGCCUCUGAGAAUCAGCUGCAUUUUAGGUACAAUUUUUAAAGAAAAACUUUUAACAGAAACAGUUUAGAACAUCAGUUUCUAUCAUUUGAAGCCCAAUUGUCUAUUUCACUUUUUCCUUUAAAGGACGGAACGAACAAUGAUGAUUUGAAUGGCUCAUAUAAUAAUGGUAUAUUAAUGUGGUUUUGUUCCAAAAAAUCCUGUAUAGCACUUCUGUCUAUAUUUUAGUACUCUGUGUUGAAAAGUUGAAAGCAUGAACCUUACUUGACGUUCUCCCAUUUGUAGAAGAGGAAGAAGUAGUGGCAGAGGAGUGCAAGAAGGCUACGGCUAGGAAGCUGAUAAUUUGGCUGUGACUGAUAAUUGUACUUUCCACCAUGGCUAAUAAUACCCUUAGAAACAACAGAAACAAAAAAAAAAAAACAUCGCUGUGAUCAUCCCUGCUGGUCAGGAAUGUCUAUCUCAAUUAAUAAGGACUGUGAGAGGUGUCUGGGAAGGGGGAAAGUGGAGUGACCUGCUUGACAGGUUUUAGCUGGUUGUCCAAGUGGGCAUUGUGGCAAGCAAAAAUGAUAACUUUCUACAGAUACUACUCAACAAGGAAAAAAACAAAAUUACUUGCACAUUCAUAUCUGCUUCCUCUUCAUAGAGUUUGGGUUUGUGCCUAACAGAGCUAAUACUGCAGGCAUGUCUCUGUUGAGCUAUUUAGAUCAGCCUGUCUUGCCAAUAUCACCUGUACAUGAUACUGUCAACAAAAUGAGCGAUGAUUUUAUUUUGUACAGUUGGCAUGUACAAUCAUAUUUUUACAAUCAAACGCUCUUCUUAUCUACUUAACUAUUUUUUUAAACAAUCGUAUAUAAUACAUAUGCACAUCCAGUUCAAGAAUUGCAGAAGUAUCCUCAGAAUGCAGAGCUGUAAAACCAAUUUUCAAAUAUUUUUUUUUAAAGAUUUGAAUAUGUUAAUAUAAAAAAUAAUGGCUGUUUAAUCUGAGGUUAGUUAUAUCACUAAGUUUUUAUGUGCUGAAUGCCAGGUAUAUAUAUCGUGCGAUUUAUUUGAACAAACAGCGCAGCAAACAUUUAGGUUGCAGCAGAACUUGAGAGUGUGACAAACCUGGAAAAUGCGCAUCGGUAAUGGGUUCUACAUGAUAGCUUUGAAAAGGUCUCAAAAUUAUUUAAGAUGCAACAACUUUAUGUGAAUUUGUGGAUAGAUACAGUUCAGAAUACAAUUAACAGUGAAGAUUUGUGUAAGCAACAAGUACCUGUUUGAAGUGAUUUUUAUUUAUUUAUUUUUUAUUUUGCAAGUUAUUUGAAAUGCACAUAGAUUCAAACAAUUGAACUUUAAAAAAACUUAGUAGUAUAUAGACAUGGAUUCAUAAAAAGGCUUCUUCCUCUAUCCCCUAUUUUUGGAACUAAUGAGAAUACAUAGGCAUAAUCAGUGACAUGUGGAGGGUUUGUCCCAGUUUAUGCUGGUCAUUUCAUUUUCGUCAGUGUUAAGCCCUCUCUCAGGAAGGAAGGGGACAAACAAACUGGCUUAAGAAUAGCUUUCCUUCUUGUCAAAGAUAUAAUAAUAAAAUUUUGUUAUGAGACUUUACCAAUCAUUACCUACAUAACACAUUUUUUAUAUUUUAGAAAAAUGCACAUUGGAUUGUAUACUAAUAGUCAAUGGUGGAUAUAACUGCAGGCAUAUUAAAUGAGAGUUCAGGAAAAUUGCUAAUGCCUAGGUUAAUGUUGAUGCUAAAAUAAUAAUACUUGUAUAUAUUUAUAGCUGUUACAGCUUAUAUGUAUAUUUUUUGGGCUCAAUUUAAAGGAUUUUUUUUAGUGUGGUAGCAAGAUUUACUGUCCAGUUUUUGGUUUGUAGGUGUUUGAAGAUACUGCUGCUGGCCAGUAAUAAUAAACAGAACAAUAUAUAUUUCUUAUAGAACACACCUUUUGGCUUGUAUUUUGAUAAACACCAAAGAAGAGGAUAUCUAAUCAGAGCUUAUCAGUGUAGGUAAUGUUGGAGCUGCUUGUGUUCAUGUGCUGACCAGCAGUCAUUUGAGGUUAACAUUGGGAGAAAAAAGUAUUUAAAUAUUGCUAACAGUCAAGUAGCUGCCAGGUUUCAGUGUUUUUCGGUGAGGCUGCUAUCAUGUUUCCAGCAUCACCCACCGAGAGUUGUUAAAACCUGAAGUACUCCAAGAACUCCUGCUCAAGCAUUUUACCAUUUUUCCCACUUUCCCUCCCUCCCCCAUUUCACAAUGUCCCAGCCGAGAGGGUAAAGUUUUGCAAGUUUGCUAGUUGGGCAAAGUUUUAAAGUAUUUGUGUGCAAGCUGCAUAGCACAUCACCUUAAUGUUAUUACUUUUGCAAUUUGUUUUGAAUGUCUGUGUUAUGUGCUGUUGAAAGUUCAUGUGUACAGCAGAGGUGCACUGGAAAUUAGAACUUUGAAUAUUUUUGGGCAUUAUUGUCAACUAAUCUCCCUGUGAUCCUCAAUCUGGCUUUCUUGUCCACUGUUUGAUAUGUUUGCACAUAUAAACUUGCAGUUUAAUGCUUGUCUGUGCAUGAGAUAAUUCAACUUUUCUUUUCCUGUCUUCUCAAUACCCACCAUUUCCCUUAGUUUCUUGUCACUUCCAGAAGACAGGAUUGCCGAUUUCUCACUUAGCAACUGUAGCUUUUCAGGAAGCUCAUUUUUUUAAAACCAUUUUUCAAGAGACCAAAUAUCACAUCAUUUUGUUUAGGCUGUAUGAAGUAGAGAAUACUAACAAAGGAUACUUUAAAAUGUAUCCUGUAUUUUUUUGUCCAUCUUGGACUGAGUGUGCUGUUGCAUGUUAUUGGAGCUUUUUAUUUUCGUUCUAAGAGCAUGGCUUCUGUCUUGAUGGGAUUAAGUUAACAAAAGAAAUCAGUAGCAGUUGAAAAGGCAACUGUGAUUUAUAUAAUCUACAGAUGGCACUGCAAGGUUCUCGUGAAUGAAUGUGGUGUUGGUGCAUACCUGCAAGUGGUAAUAAAAAAUAAGUUUGUUUUUCACCAGGUGUAUAGAAUUUAAUGAGUGCAGAAGCAAGAAAACACCUUGGUAUCUGUUGUGUGAAAAAGUGUAUGAAAUUAUGAAUUUCACAAACUUGCAGAAAUGUUUCUUUCAUCGUUGUAGCCUUUUGGCUUAAAGAACUCUCCAAAUCUAA